CUCGCCAGGUGUGCUCCAGCACCACCUGAACCCUGUGCACGCCUGAGUGUUUCAAAGCCAGAGCAAGAAUAAGUGCUCCUCCAACAGUACUGAUGUCUUGAACAAAACCAUAAUUUGGAUCUAGGGAAAAGCUCUUAGUAUCCAUAAUGGAGGAAAAUUAUUCUAGUAGUGGAACAGAUUCCCUAAGCAGUGGAGAGAUUCCUCGAAGCCGGUCAGAGGGGACUUUGAUUGAUGUGGAUGACCGGAUGCCUUCAGACAACUACAAUGCCAAUGAAAGUAAACUGGAUUUGGAUAUUGACUGGCCUGGUGUAUUCAAACAUGCCCAAUCUGUUUCCAGGACUAAUCCUUUCUGGAAUGAACUGUCAGGAUCCAACCCUUUUGUACAUGACAUAGCUGCUUCCAAUAGAAACAAAAACAAUACGCGUCUUUCUAUUUUAAAGGAAAAAUCUUAUUUGUUCUCAAAAAUUUCAAGCAAUAGGGACUCUUUGGAUUCCUCGGGUGAUGAGCUAGAUAUUGACUGUCUCCUAAGAAAGAAUUCAGCAAGAAGAUCUGGACGAUCCAAGAGUGUCUCUGACUUCCUGGAUAUAGUUGAUAACCAAAGAUUUAAUCCUCACAAGACAGCACCUCAAAAAACAGCUUCUGAUAUGACAUGGCUUCAGAAUGACCGUGAAGCCUACAAGAUGGCUUGGUUGAGCCACCGACAGCUCACCAGGUCCUGCCUGGAUUUAGAAGCCAUGAGCCACAGCCCUGGGUGGGCACAAACACAAGCCACAGACAUUCAUGUAGUUUGUAAACUGAAUCAUGAAGGGGGCUCAGUACAGCUACCUGACUCAGAUAUCAACAUUCAUGUCCCUGUGGGUCAUGUAUUACCAGGAGAAUUCCAAGAAGUUGGUUUAAAGGCUAUCCUUAACCCUCCAUUGUCAUGCAACAAUGAGCUGUCCAGCACAGUAAGUCCUCUGAUAGAACUUACACUGAGCAACCUCAACACAAGCGAAGCCAUUUUCCUAGAAGUGAAAGUUGCAGCUAAAGUGAAGAGUGAUCCCCUCAGCCAAGUUAUGAGUGAUAUUGUGUGUUAUUUUAGUCUCAACAAAGAAGGACCUUUUAAGAAGCUAGAGAAUUGCUAUAUUUAUCAAGAUACCAUACAAGUGAAGCUAACCGACCUAAGUCAUGUGAUGUAUGCAGUGAUUGCUGUACAAGCAAGCAAAAUCCAGCCUCCAGCAACUAAUGUGUGGGACUAUGUCCAUAGAACAGUCUCAGUUGGAAUUUAUGGUCCCAAAUACAUUCAUCCAUCUUUUACAGCAGUUUUUACAGUCUUUGGUCAUAACUACAUUCCAGGAAAACUCACAAUUUGCGAUAUUAAAAAAGGGGGGAAAAGUAUGCCUCCUGUGGUGUUUCAGCUGUGGGGAAAGCAUACAUUUCUGCUUGAAAAACCACAAGACCUAAACAUUUCUUUGAUAUCCUGUGAUCCAGACUUUCAAGUAAAAAUGGAAGAUCAAAGCAAAAAUAUUAAAAAGGAGGAGUUGAAAACUGGUGAAAUGGUCCGCCAACAAUUCCCGUUUUCCAUGCUUGGAUGCAGGGAGAUACAUUUCUUUGUUUUCCUUGUUCAGAUUAAAAUCUUGAAAAGUAGCCAAGUAACACAGUUCCAUGUUACAACUCCUGACCCAGCUCCAAAAUUAAGUGGAAUUAUUAAUAGGCCAAAGCGCCUACAAAACCGCAAAGAAAUCAAGUCUGCACCAUGGCUUUUGAUACCAACAAUAAAAUAUCCAAAGUUUCAAGACAAAACUUUGAGUGUCAACACUUACGGAGUGGCUUUGAAAACUGUGUUACGUCAAAAUAAGAUUGACUAUUUGCUGGAAUACUUUAAAGGAGACACAAUAGCACUGCUUGGUGAAGACAAAGUUAAAGCCAUUGGACAAACUAAAAUGAAAGAGUGGUAUGUGGGAGUUCUCAGAAGAAAGAUUGGUCUUGUACAUUGCAAAAACAUUAAAGUAAUUCCUAAAGAACAAGCUAUGGACACUGCUGAUAGUGAGCUAACAACCAGGAAUCUUGUUGAACAAAUUGCAUUGCCAUUCAAAAAACUGACUUAUAUCUACUCGGUAGUUCUGUCUACAGUAUCGGAGAGUGUUUAUGACUGGAGAGCUUUAGCUGAGGUGUUGGGAUACUCACAUAUGUCUUUGGAUGACUUUAAUGAGGCACAUAUUGAUAAAGAAACAGAAAGAGUUGCACAUGUUGUGAAAAAGAUGAAGCAAGACUGCCAUGCUAACAAAAAAAAAAGACUUUUUCUUUAUGAACUCAUUGUUGCACUUUUGAAAAUAGAUUGCCAGGGAUUAGUGGCACGUCUUACCCAGGACACCAUCAUCUUGACUUCAGCUGUCAAGCUUGGCAAAAGCUGGCGAGAGCUUGCGGAGAAGCUAGCCCGCCUCACAAAGCAGCAAAUAGAGGCUUACGAAGUGCCCCACCAUGGGAAAAAUGGAGCAGUCGCUCUGGAGAUGAUGUGGAAACCUGCAUAUGACUUUCUCUACACUUGGGCUGCCCAUUAUGGAGAUGGUUACCGGGAUGUCUUACAAGACCUGCAAUCAGCCUUGGAUAAAAUGAAAAACCCAGUAACAAAACAGUGGCGAGAGUUAACUGGAGCUCUGAUUCUUGUGAAUUGCAUGGAGGUGUUAAGAGCAAGUGCCUUCUCCAAAAUGGAGGAGGAGUAAUGGACAAAAUAGGUUUUUGGAAAAUCUGUGAGGAAACUAUACCUCUGUGUAGAGUUUAUUUGUGUAUUUAUGUUUCAGAGAUACUUGUAGAGCAUGACAGAAUGAAGUUUGUUUUAACUGAGCUGAUGUUUGGUCUAGCCCUAUGGUUCUCAACUACAGAUUGCCAGAGUGUGUUAGUGGCUUCUGAGUAAAUAAGAAAAGAAUGGGGAAUUAAACUAAUGAGGUCAACAAAAAUGACUUGUAUUCUAUGGGGUGUUUCCUGAAAGGAGCUAUUUCUGAUUGCACUGACUUCUAGGCAGAGAUCAGUUUUAAAAACAGAACUAUUCAUGGAUUAGUUCAGCGUGUGGAGCCUAGGUUUACAUUGUUUUCAGUGAAGUAUUAAAAUCUAAAUAUUUAUUACAUUUAAUAUUUGGCUCUCAAACCCCUCAACUCUAAUUCAGUGGGUGCAGGUUACCCUACAAAAAAACCUUUAAGAUUCUUUCAUCCUCAUCUGGGGCAAAAAGAAUUUAAUUGUCUCACCGCACAGGAAUUCAACAGUUCCUGGAAAAAUAGGUGUGUGCUGCACACAUUCAAAAAAUAGGUGUGUGCUGCACUUUUCCAAAACAGCUUCUGGUAUCUAUUUUCAAGACUCAAGAGAGACAGAAGACAUAAUCUCAAAAGUGUUUGGUUUUGAUUUAUUUGUUGAUGUAACUCAACAGGUUUUUGUCCCUUUUUGUAUUUUUGUUACUUUAUAUUUCUUCAAUUUUUUUCUACAUUUUGCUGAAUAGAAAUUCCAUAAAAUUCCAGAAGCCUUCUUUAUGCACACUGUCCAGUGCCUCUGAUCAUGGGUGUAGUCCUCCCCUGUUUCUUUUAGGUAAGUACAAAGAGAAAGGAGACUUUGUAGGUACAAGGACUGGAAACAAUUUGUACCCGCAUCUUUUGAUUGUUUUCUUCUACCUCACUGGAUAUGGAAGAUGACUAUUAUUUUCUCAAAAGAAGUUAACAGUGGAGUGCUUUUAAGAUUAAUUUAUUUAUGGAUCAAUUAAUUAUAACUAGUCAUAUGUUCUAGAAAGAACCCUGCUUAGAUGCUAUCAGUAAAAAUCUUCCAAUAACUGAGUAGAUUAUUAUAAGUACAGAAAAUAUAGGCUGAAUAAUAGUUUCAGGCUGACCAAAUUUUUUAAUAUAAUUUUUAAUGUAUUAAAUAUAUUUUUAGUUAAGUGGUAAAUCUAAAAGGUUAAAUCCAUUCUAAGCUCCUUUGAUCAACAUUCAUUCAGAAACAUCAGCAAAUACUCAAGACAACCAGUUGAAAAGAGAAUUGGCAUUCUGCCAUCACUUGUGGUUUACAAGACAAAGCCAAAUUCUUUCAGGAGUAGCACAAAACAACAGUUCAGUCCAGAAACUGCACUUCCUCUGCUCUCUUAGUUCAUUUCUACUAAGGCAGGUUUUGCCAUUCCAACAUAAAUCUGCAUUUAGACAUUUUUCUUCACUUCUCCUUUCCUCUACCCUUUUUCUUUUCUACUUUCAUUAAGCUUUCCCAAAGUAGCCAUAGCUCAGGAAGGAGGCUGAGGAAGGAGUAUUUGCCUGAAUAUAAGGUAAAUUCAUUCACCAGCAGGUCCUCUAGCAUCAGGGCAUUCACUGAAUUAGCGUGCAUGCAAGUUAUCUGCCUUCAGAGGACUUGCCCUUGAUUUGCAAGACAAUGAAGAAUUCAGUCCACAGAGCACUAUCUGCUGUUGCUGAUCAAGGAAAGGUGGAGAAAAACCAGAUUACCAAAGCUCCCUGUUGUUUCAGGUGCCAGCACCGAUUUUAUAUCUUUCCCUACACAGUUUUAAGAAGAGCUGUAGAGAAAAUAUAAAUUUCUCUUGUGAUCUGCUCUUCAGUGCAGAGCCAGCUUGUCCUUCCUUCUGCAGACAGUGAAGCCCCCAAAAUAUGAGAAAGUAGGUUGUCCUACUCUUUUGUGCUGCUAGGUAAGGAAAAGGAAUAAAAUAUAUUAAUAGUCAUCUUUAAAGGUAGAAAGACACACGCAAAUAUUAGAACAUAAAAUACUUAGAACUAAUACAAACUCACUGAGAAUUUUUUUUUUAGGUUUCCUAGACUGCUUCUGCUUCUACCUUAGAUCCUGCUCAUAGCAGACUGUGAAACCUGAACAGGAUUUUGUAGUGAUGCAAGAGGCCACACACCAAAUCUACUCAAAACCUCAGGGAAAUAUAUUUUUUUGCUCCCUCAGAGCUGAAAUACCAGAGGAAAUCACAAAGCAAAUCUUUCAUCUUCACUAGGUUGUCUUACCGUCUGCUUUUCAUGCAUCCCAGCAGGCCAUGCUCCCUUGUUUAAAGCCCUGUUAACUCAAUUUUUAAAACUUUUUUGCUUUCACUUUUUUCCCUCUUUUGUUAACCUGGCUGCAACAGCUAAGCAACUCAGCUUGCAUCUGUUUCUGAAGAUGAGUCUGUGCUCGCAUCCUUUUUUUCACAUCUUAAUUUCUUAUCUUUAGUAAAUUUGUGUUUACUUUCUUUUCCAAAAGCACAUGUAGUAAUUUCUUUGUUCAGUCCUGCAUUUUU